UGCAUGCGAGGUCACCGCGGCUGGCUCUCCUCGACCGAGGUGCUAGGGCGGGCGUGCGCGGAGGGCCGGGACAGCUUGGGCAGACCGAACAAUCGACAGCAAGCGCCUGGCACUGCGGGAACUUCGGACAAGGUGGCUGUGAAUGGUGUUCACCUGCAUUACCAGCGUGUGGGAGAGGGCGAGCACGCCCUGCUGCUGCUUCCUGGGAUGCUGGGAAGCGGCAAGACUGAUUUUGCGCCCCAGCUUCAGAGCUUGAGUUGGAAGCUCUUCACAGUGGUCGCCUGGGACCCUCGAGGGUACGGACAGUCCAGACCGCCAGACCGAGACUUCCCAGCGGACUUUUUCGAAAGGGACGCAAAAGAUGCUGUUGACUUGAUGAAGGCUCUGAAGUUUAAGCAGGCCUCGCUGCUGGGCUGGAGUGACGGCGGCAUAACCGCACUCAUUGCGGCUGCCAAGUACCCAGCUUAUAUCCGCAAGAUGGUGAUUUGGGGAGCAAAUGCCUACGUCACUGAGGAGGAUGACAGGAUUUAUCAGGGCAUCCGAGAUGUUUCUAAAUGGAGCGAGAAGGCAAGGAAGCCUCUAGAAACCCUCUACGGGUAUGACUACUUGGCCAAAACCUGUGAAAAGUGGGUGGAUGGCAUAACACAGUUUAAACAUCUGCCAGACGGUAACAUCUGUCGGCACCUGCUGCCUCUGGUCCAGUGCCCCACCCUCAUCGUGCACGGGGAGAAGGACCCUUUGGUCCCGCGUUUUCAUGCCGACUUCAUUCAUAAGAACGUCAAAGGAUCGCGGUUGCACCUGAUGCCAGAAGGCAAGCACAACCUGCACUUACGGUUUGCAAAUGAAUUCAAUAAGCUGGUAGAGGACUUCCUCCAAUGAAAACACUCCAGGACUGGUGUCUUGGUAGUUUGGAAUCAAUGGGAUUGAUCAUGCUGUCGUGGUUACCACAGGCUCUGACAUGCCUUCCCUCACAGUCCUGUGCAUGUUCCACCCUCUCUCACAAGUGAUCCUAAUCAAGCGGGGAAAAUGGUAUAUUGAAACCAGCCAGUAGCUUUAAUAGCAGCUACAAGAAUGAAUAAUUUGGUAACAUUAAAAUGAGUUUCUAUCAUCCUAUUCUUCAAGUUUCUACCACAAUUUAUUUUCAAAUAAAUUUCACAUACAACA